GUCCAGGCCAAACCGGAGAAGAAGCCAGGCACACCUCCACCGACUCCGGCUCCGGCCCUGGCCCCGACCACACCGACCCCCCCCCCCCGCGCUCACCCAAGCCCCCCCCCGGCUCCGGUGAUCGUCCACCCCCCCGCCGCCCCCCUGCCAUCAACAUUCCCAGGUUCUACUACCCCCGGGGGCUCCCUGCCAUGGGCCCGGCCCCCGGCCACGACGCCACCAUCGCUGCCAUCGAGGCGGCCUACACUGAGUUCGAGGAGGAGAAGGCGGACAUAUAUGAGAUGGGCAAGAUCGCAAAGGCAUGCGGGUGUCCACUCUACUGGAAGGGCCCCAUGUUCUACACAGCAGGCGGUGAGAGGACGGGCUUCGUCUCUGUUCACUCCUUCGUUGCAACCUGGAGGAAGUUGUUGCACAGUUGCCACGACGAUGCGUCAAAGUUUAUCUCGCUGCUAGCCAAACCCAGCUGUAACUUCCUGGAGCAGGAGGACUUCAUCCCUCUGAUGCAGGACAUAGUGGACACGCAUCCUGGGCUCACCUUUCUGAAAGAUGCGCCUGAAUUCCAUUCCCGCUACAUAACAACGGUGAUCCAGCGGAUAUUCUACGUGGUGAACCGUUCGUGGACGGGUCGUAUGACCAUGAUGGAGCUGCGCAGGAGUAACUUCCUGCAGACCUUGGCCCUGCUGGAGGAGGAGGACGACAUCAACCAGAUCACAGACUACUUCUCCUACGAACACUUCUACGUUAUCUACUGCAAGUUCUGGGAGCUGGACACUGACCAUGACCUCUACAUCGACCCCAAAGACCUGGCCAGAUACAAUGAACACACAUCCUCAAACAGAAUCAUUGAAAGAUUGUUUUCGGGGGCAGUUACUCGGGGUAACGCUGUGCAGAGGGAAGGCAGGAUGAGCUACGCCGAGUUCGUCUGGUUCCUCAUGUCGGAAGAAGACAAGAAAAAUCCCACCAGUAUAGAGUACUGGUACCGCUGCAUGGAUGUGGAUGGCGAUGGUGUUCUGUCCAUGUUUGAGUUGGAGUAUUUCUAUGAGGAACAGUGUGAGAGGAUGGAGAGGAUGGGCAUCGAACCGCUGCCCUUCCAGGAUUUGCUGUGCCAGAUGCUCGACCUGGUCAAACCCGAGAGUUCAGGUAAGAUAACCCUUGGUGACUUGAAGCGCUGUCGGAUGGCCCACAUAUUCUUCGACACCUUCUUCAACCUGGAGAAAUACCUGGACCACGAACAAAGAGACCCAUUUGCUGUGCAAAAGGACAUUGAUAGUGAAGGUCCAGAGCCCUCGGAUUGGGAUAAAUAUGCCUCAGAAGAGUAUGAGAUCCUGGUGGCAGAGGAGAAUGCAAACGAGCAGCUUCACGAAGGGUCUUUUGAUGAUGACUAUGAGUCCGAGGAGCUUCAAGUCUCAGGAGAGAUUGGGAAUAAAAUGGAAAAACUGGUCAUUUCAGACCUGUCAGCAUAAAACUCUUCCCUGGAUUCUUGGGUAUUUUUCCUGGAAAAAAAUGGAUUGAAGGUCCCUUCAGAAUGGAGCACCAAAAGAUGCAUGGACGUAAAGACAGAGAGAAACAUCUGUCUCUCGAUGACUCUGGAGCCUCCUCAGAGCAGGCUCAUCGUUUUUCGUGUGUUUGUGUGUGACCGUAAACCAGUACUGUUCUGUGUCUGGUGCAAUAUCACUUCUGUAUUUAUACAGAGAACUGUUUCACUGCCUCGUGCUCUUUGAUUCGUCCGAGAGAACAAAGCGAAAGAUGGUGGGGAGAAAUGUACUAUAAGCUCUUAAAGUAAUCAAGACGAAUAAUCUCUGUGUACUUAUAAUGUAAAUGUGAAUUUUUAUACAGACAAUCCUGCCAAAAGACAAUCAUCUGAAGGUAGACAGACAGAGACCUAGAGUUACACAAACAGUGUCCUAGUUGGAUAAAUAUGGACACAGAAAUGGACAAUUAUAGCGAUAGGAACUGAAAAAGAGCAGUCAUCUGCUCAGUAAUGAUACAUCCAGACAGACACUGCCAUCAGAAACCUGCUGCCCGCACAGCAUGUCACUGCGUUCCUUGUUAAAGGAAGUUGUUAAACCUCCAGUCCCUUCAGGGAGGAAUCAUGUAACAGUACCUCUCUGUGGCCAGUCUGUGUCACUGCAGGACAUCACAGUCACUCGGUGCAUAAGGGCUGGCCAACUUCAAGAGAGGGAGUUCAGUUUACUGCACAGCCUGAGCUGCUCUAUUAUUAGUGCAGCACUAUCAGCGCUCCACCUCUGGACUCCCUUUGCACUUAUUUUUAAACCCUAGAAAAAAAGUGUCUGACCACACAGUCAGGCCACAGUGAGACAUAUGCGUGUUGACAAACAUAUCAAACUCUCUGGUAGAGUUUCCCACACAUUUCCACCUGUAACAUUUGCAAUAAUGCAAUAGCAUAGGAAAUGUGAGCUCUUCCUGUCAGUCUCAUGCAAUUAUUCAGCACAGUGUUUUUCUCCCUUCCUUGUUGAUUAUGUACAGUACCUGGUUAUUACGUUGAUCUGUUUCUGAAAUUGAUGCCAACAUUUUUAUUUGUUCCGCUUAAACAUCUCUUUGUCAUGAAACGUUUGAUAAUGAAACUUUUUUUACACACCACUGCCUUUUUAAAGGGACACAUCCCCCAAACAAUGGCUACUCUCAAACCUUAGGUAUUAUCUAGCCUGCAGAUAGUUUUGGUUUGAUUUGAAAAAGUGUUAGGAAUCUUUGCGAUUUCACCUCAACCAUAUUACAGUGCAAAUAAGGGGAAUUUAGUUAUAUUUAAGCUACUUCAUUUUUCUAGGCUUUUUGCAACAGCAUCAUUUUUUAAUUGUUAUUGUAUUUGCAGAAAUCUCAGAGAUGGAUACAUUACAAUUCAAUCAAAUCAGAACUGUUCACAUACAUAGAUAUACUUGGUUAAAUGUAGCUUUUUAAUUGGAAUAAAACGACCCUCCAUCACUCCCAGAGACAGCUGCAUGUGAACACUGCCCUUACUGUAAUAGCUAGCAGUGUGUGUGUGUGCUCAGAAAUCAUAAUACAGGGGUGUGUUUUAGGAGCGUGUGAUGUGUAGCUCUCAGUUUCGGGCUGAUAAUACGUCAUAGUUGUUGCCAUUGGAUGUGAUUCCCAGGGUCAGAGUGUGUGUGCACGCUAGUAUAACUCUUUAAUUAGGAAAGGGACAGCUUUUGUACACAAUGGCUUCAAAUUCACUGCCAUAUACCUCCUUCACAGACAUUUACUGUACACACACACACACACACUCACACACACACACACACACACACACACACACACACACACACACACACACACACACACACACACACACACACACACACACUUUAGUUGCUAUAGAAAGGGAGAACGCUAGUGGAUGCUGUAAGGCCUUAAGGACCUUAAGUUGACCCUGUUAUGCUCUAUUGCCAUUGUAAAUGUGCCUGACUGUGUAUUAAAUAUAUUAUUAUAAUAAUAACUAAUGAUAAGCCAUUAUAGAUAUAACGGCUGCGAUUUGUUGUUGUAUUUUGAUGGUUUGUAUUGCUGUGCCACUGUGUGGCUCGGGAUAAGGGGGGUAAAUUAUGAUGGAUGUAUGUAUGUUUGUGUGUUCGAUGCACGGUGGAUAUCAUCAGAAGAAAAUGAGGAUCUGACAAUCACAACAUAUGACAAACAUCUCACGUGGAGACCUCUGGGACUGAUGCUUUUUCUCGCUGUGGCGACACACACACACUCACACACUCCCAGGGAGACCAGCUGAUGGAGACAGUGUUUGAGAAGAACUGUUGAAGGCAUUGGGACUCCGAUUGUGUCCUGAUGCAGCAUCAAGCCGGGAGAAAAGCCAUGCAAAACUUUUACUUUGAAAUGAAAUCUCUACUUUGAUAUGCAGACGGAAGACUUUUAUUUUGAUGUACUUCCUCUGUGCAGAGGAGACUUGAGUAGGCUGACACGUAUUCAAAUACUGAUGAUUAUUGUAUUGGCAUGGCUUUCUUUCUUUCUUUCUCUUUUUCUUUCUUUCUUUCUUUCCUUUUGUUCUUUUUUCCUUACCAAUGUCCUUCUCUUCUUUCCCUUUUCUUUGCCCAGCGCUGUCAUUUGUUGCUUUUUUUGAAGUUUAAAAGUUUAAAUAAAAAUAUGUUUCAAGAAUAA